AUGGCCAUCGACCUUGCCCAAGACAUCUCCCAGAAGACUUCCGGUUUGAUACAAUCUAGUAACCACCGAGAUCUCCUCGACAUUGUUGACUCUCUUAGGUCCCACGGCGUCAGUCACUAUGUGGACCUACCUCAGAUCAUCGUGUGCGGUAGUCAGUCAUCCGGAAAAAGCUCCACGCUUGAAUCAAUUUCCGGAAUCGCCUUCCCGACUGCGGAAGGCUUGUGCACCCGUUUCGCAACGGAAUUGAUUCUCCGCCGCGGCGAUAAACCGGAGAUCAAGGUACACAUUCAGCCCAGCGCUAACAGAAACAAGAACGAGAGAGCUCGCUUGUUAUCAUUCACCGGGAAGACGAAGGACCAAAAUGACUUCCCGAAGAUUAUCGAAGCCGCCAAGGCGGCCAUGGGCUUAGUUGGGGAGGGGUCCAAGAUCUUCAGCACGGAUAUCCUGCGGAUAGAGAGCACGUCCCCGACAGCGCCCAACUUGACGCUGGUUGACUUGCCAGGCCUAUUUGGCGCCUCUGACAAGAACCAGUCAGACGACGACGCUGCUUUAGUCCAAGACCUUGUAGUGUCUUAUAUGCGACAGCGCCGUAGCAUUAUACUCGCCGUUGUUGCGGCCGAUAACCCGUUUGCUAACCAGCCGGUAACCAAAUUCGCUCGGGAGAUCGACCCGUCUGGCUUGAGGACGCUAGGUCUCAUCACGAAGCCCGACAAAAUUGACAGAGACUCCGAUAGUGAGCGGUAUUAUGUAGAGCUGGCACAGAAUCAGAACGUGAAGCUACAUCUCGGUUGGCAUGUUCUACGCAACAGGAGCCACGCCACUGCCAACGACACGAUUGAAGAGAGAGACAAGAGAGAGGAGGAGUUCUUUGCCGACUCUAUUUGGAACACCCUCGACGGGUCAAACCUUGGCGUGAAAUCUCUGAGGUCUCGGCUACGUGAUAUCCUGUGGAAGCAGAUCCAGACCGAGCUUCCAGGCGUCAAGACCGAGGUACAGGCCGGGAUCAAGGACUGCAAGAAUAAGCUAGCGCUGCUUGGAAAAGCCCGCAGCACCAUGAGAGAGAAGCAUACUUAUCUCCAGCGGAUCAGCAGCGUCUUGUCCAAACUGGUCCAGGCAGCCAUCGACGGGGUAUACGCCGAUCAGUUUUUCGAGUCUUUCCCCGGUCAGCGGGACGCUUUCGAAAGACGUUUGCGGGCGCAUGUGCAGAAGAUUCUCAGUGACUAUGCCGAAAAGAUGCGCAUUGACGGUCACGCCCUAGAAAUCGUCGAAGAUGACCUGCAGCCGACCAGAACAUCGCUGAGAAGAUAUAUGAUGAGACUAGAUUACCUCGAAGUGGUAAAGGAGCUAAUGAUAGAAUGCCGAGGCCGCGAGCUUCCUGGCACGUUCAAUCCCCUUGUAGUCGGUGACCUUUUCAGCAGGCAGUGCAAGCCUUGGGAGUCAAUCACGCAGAAUCUUGUCGAGCAGAUUCAUGAGGCCGCAGCUAGCACUUUCAACAGGAUUACCACGGAGAUCUGCGAUAGCAACACCAAGACGCGCCUCAUGAAGCAUCAUAUCCAACCGGCGCUGCAUCGCCUCCGGGGUGAUCUGAAGGACAAGGUUGAUGAACUACUAGAACCUCACCUAUCAAUUCAUCCCAUCACUUAUAACGACUACCUGACGGAAACGGUGCAAGAUAUCCAGACCAAGCGUCAUGACCGGAAGUUUGAUGACCUAUCGAAUGAAGCCUGCAAAUAUACAACGAAGACUGCACCGCCCUCAGCUAAUGUGAAUUUGCAUUGCCUUCUCCUCCACUUGCAACAUGGGACGCGGCCUAAUGUUAAGGAAUACUCCGCCUCACUCGCGGCUGAUGUUGCCGCGGCGUAUUACCAGGUUGCGCUGAAAAAGUUCAUUGACGAUGUCAGCGUCAAUGCCAUAGAGACUUGCCUAAUUCAAUGCCUACCAAACGUAUUCUCUCCGGACGUUGUGUGGGAUCUCUCCGACGAAGACGUCGAGAAGCUGGGAUCUGAGGACGACGGAACUGUCAAGGAGCGCGCCGAGCUUGCGAAGAAGCUAGAUGUUCUCGAGACUGGUCUAAAGGACCUGGAUGCGUUCACGGCGCGAUCUGGUACCCACGCGGUAGCAUGA